AUGUUCCUACCCUUACAGUAUGCGAAUUUCAGCCAAAGUUGCUCUCACAACUUUCACUUUUCGACGUUUCGCGUUCUCAAAUCUCCGUUUUCCGCGAACAAUUACGCAGAAGCACAGGGCCAACCAUCCCAGAACGCAAGCGAAUCAGAAAGUCCCCUCUCUGUUCACGUCUUCACACUUAGGUCAGAUUAUCGCAAUAAACUCAUCAUGUCUCUCAAUGGGUCCUGGGAUUUCAUCGAGGACGAGGACCCGUGUGAUGCCUGGGGCGUCCCCAUACCUCAAAGGCAAAAGCGGCGUCGCAAGAUCUGCUUAUGUGAGCAAUAUACUGGCAUGAGCUUGAUGGAACUCCCAGCCGAAGUCCGAAUGAACAUUAUUGGCUUCGUCUUUGAUCUUGGAUUUUUCGAGAUAGGGGGAUCCAUAACAGGAAGUUAUGCCCCAACUCUUAAAUCAAUUUCAGUUCCAGAAAUUUGGGUGUCGCUAAAGGGGCUCAUGAUGACAUGCCGCCAAUUACGAUCAGAGUGUUUGGACGGCUUGGGACUGCGGUCAAUCUGGAAGUUCGGCUUCACAUCACAGACAUUCUUACCUGCGAGAAUGACAACUGAAGGAAGGGGCCCAUGGAAGUUUGGCUUUCGAAAUAGGUUUGGCGACUUCAUCUGGGAGAUGCCACGCUUGAUGGGCCCAGAGUUCCUUUUUCCAAUGCGACUGUUCGAGCUAGAUAUGCAUUCCAGUUACCACAGGCAGUACCGCAAGCGCUUUCCUGUAUUGCUCUCUGUAUUGUGCGACCAUAUGCCAAAUCUCGUGAGUUUUCGAUUCAAGACGUCUCAUUACAUUGAGGCCUCCAGUGUCAACCCGAGGAGAACACGAGAUACCGCCAACAUCACUCGCAAUCAGCAGAACCGUCGAACACUUUCGAGGUUUGCGUCCUUCUUGGUUCACCGCCAUCAGAACCUUGAUCUCAUCAAGUUCGGUGAAACGACUAAAUGGGGGUUACGGGUUUUUGCAUCGGUCAACAUAAUGUCAAGACAAUUGGCUGCCAGGCCCUUGCGACAGUCACCAGCCUGCAGAGCGCAUCUUGAAGCUCAACCCGAGAACUUGGUCCUGAACGCGACAAAAAUCCGGCGCUUUCUUUGGGCAGAACUUGCCCACGUCAAUAUUGCAACUUUGACCUUGCCAGAUGACAGUCGCACCUCCGAAAUCGAUGAAGGACAUAGCCACUUUUCCGUGGUUGAUCUUCAAGCGUACAGAACCAGGAAACAGCGAACUGCGUGGGGUUUUCGGAAUUUCAGCGCCGAUGACCUGAUUGGAUUCUGCAAGGCCCGUAUGACGGGCAACAUGGAUGCUAAGAGUACUGCUUUCUGGAACUCUACAGAAGACCUUGCAAAAGAGGGACUGGCUCCCAAACCUCAAUUGCGGUACUCGGAGAUGGGACCCAAUUGGGAACCUUCAGACCCGGCAUACGAAAACAAUCCACAUCGUGGUGUGGCAAUAUACCUACGCAUCCAAGACGUCGAUCUUCCAAAUGUACAAUUCCCUCAAAUGGAAUCUGAUCCUCCUGUACCCCUCCGGACACAAGACACAUAG